UUCCGCAUGACUUCCGGUCUGACGACUCGCAGAUUGUGAUUAUCCGGAAUUUUGAAAGUCAUUUUUGUGACAAAUUUCUGCGCGCGGGACAGGAUAUUUAAGAGAUUUUUUUGCACGGGCUUAACAUAUCCUCUCAUUCGCGAAUACAUUUUUCACAAAAAAACAUUAUAUGAAAUUUAUUUAGCAAAAACGACGUACAGAAUUGGCCGUUGCAGGACGCCUGUCCCAGGUCUGCGCAGAUAGAAACAGAUAGGUUGUGUGCAAUCUAGUCUGAAUGCAGGUGACGCGACUGAAACUUUAGUGCCGAAGUACUUUCAGUUUAGACUUCUCAUUUCAAGGCUGUUUGUGAGGCCGUACCUCCGUUUAAAGGGAAGCAACUUGGUGCAUGUUGUUUUCCAGAAUUGUAAGACGUAUGACCAAGACCAAAGAUGGUGUAUGGAUGAUGUCUGAAAAUCUCGGGUUCGCUUGGAAUUCGGAGUCAUUUUCCGUGGUCUUGGAAUCGGUCUCGGAGUGUGAAACUCGCAUUAAUUCCGAUGGAGAUCACGUAAAAUAUAUAUGAUGGCUUCCCUGAAUUCUGCUGUCCACCAACAGCAUGUCAUCUGGGAAACUAAAGAGCUGGUGGCCUACCUGCAUCCCUCCCCCUGGACACCUGGAGCCACCAUCGUGACUCCAAAGGCCUCUUGUGGGGCCCACAGCAUCUUCCAGCUGGCCGAGCGGGACUUCCUGGGCCUGCUGCUGGGGGCGCGGGUGGUGGCAGCCCUCCUGCGCGAGCGGCUGGGGGUGCACCGCUGCGCCCUAGUGCACAGGCCGCACCGCGACCAGCCAGCUCACAUACGGGUGCUGCCUCUGCACGGGCUUGAGCCCAAUUGGAGGCCCCACCUGGCCCCGGAGGAGGACUUCCAACCUCACGACCCAGGCUACUGCAGCUCCAAAAGUGGGCCGCGCUGGCAGAGCGAGGAGCUGGAGGGGGUCCGGUCCAGGGUCCGGGCCCAGCUCCCCGACCCCAGCGCACCCCCGAGCUACGUCUUCCUGGGGGAGCCCUCCCACGACGGCCUGUUCUCGCGCAUCGUACGGGGGGAGGAGGAGCAGUGGCGGCUGUGGGAUGACCACGCCCACGUGGCCUUCCUCACGCCCUUCCCCAACUCGCCCGGUUUGACCGUGGUGGUGCCGCGCCGGCCGCUGUCCAGCGAUAUCUUCAGCCUGGAGGAGGAGGAUUACCGGGCCCUGGCCCUGGCCAGUCGCCAAGUGGCUCAGCUGCUGCAGAAAGGCCUGGGGGCCUGGGCCGUGGCGCUCAUCUUUGAAGGCUAUGAGAUUGACUACGCCCACGCCAAGCUUAUUCCCUUGCUCCCUCCGCCUGGUGAGCAGCCCCCCACCUGUCAUUCUCCCCAGUUCAGUACCGUCUACCCUGGAUACGUGACUUCUGCUGACGGGCCUGCUGCCAGCCCAGAGAGCCUUGCAGAAAUUCACACCAGAAUUACGCAGUCUUAGAUCUGGAGCAACUGAAACGAACAAGUUCUGCUGUUAACUACUGCUACUACUAGUUUCCCUGUUUACAUUUUUACCAACCACUAAUACAAACGGUCUUGCAUUUCCGUAUUUAUGUACGUGGUAUAUAAGUUAAUCAGAGUGUACAUGUUCAUGUUAAUCUGAAGGAAAAGCAAUAACAGCAUUCCUCAUUUUCAAUAAAAGGGGCCAAAUGACGAUGAA